AUGAUGCACAUCGCCGUCGUAUCGCUCGCUUCUCUUCAGGUCGACCUUGUAACGCCACAUACUCCUUUUUCGGAUGAUAUGACCAAGAAAUCGAAGCUGUCUUUCUGUGAUGACCGACAUAUACCCCUUCUCACUUCAGCUCUUCCACUCAUCCAUUCUUUGUCUGGUCUUAUUAGUUUCUUCGUCGGAAUGCUGUUAGCUGCUGCCUCCUGGAGUUCUUUAACUACGUUUCAGAGUUCAUAUCUUGAAUUCUAUGUCAGGUAUUCUUCCUAUCUAUCUAUUUAUCUCUCUAAUACCAAAAGUUGUGCGUACGCCGGCCGUCGGGCGCAUAAUGCUUUAAGUUUCUUUCCACCUCUCUCUUUUUCUCCUUCUCUCUUUUUUCACCUCUCUUAUCUAUCUAUCUAUCUAUCUAUCUAUCUAUCUAUCUAUCUAUCUAUCUAUCUAUCUAUCUAUUUGCUAAAAACUCUCUCUCUCUCUCUCUCUCUCUCUCUCUCUCUCUCUCUCUCUCUCUCUCUCUCUCUCUCUCAUACACACACACACAGAGUAACUGGGAUGUAA